UCUCCUGCAAGACCACAACCUGGGUACAAGCUCGUUUAGAUUUGACCUUUGACAUAGGGACGCAUUGCAUUGUGGGCGCAGCCGGUGGCUGGACGGAAACAAACUAUACGAGUCUACAGCAAACUGCGGUAACCAAUCUGGUCAAGACUUUCAAGUGGAUCUGUGACAGCCUAGAAAGCAGCCAUGUCGUCAACAUCCCAAAAACACAAGGAUUUUGUUGCUGAGCCCAUGGGGGAGAAGCCCGUUAUGGCACUGGCAGGCAUUGGGGAUGUCCUUGGCAAAAGACUUGAGGAGAAAGGCUUUGACAAGGCAUAUGUUGUCCUCGGGCAGUUUUUAGUCUUGAAAAAAGAUGAGGAGCUUUUCCGGGACUGGCUGAAGGACACUUGUGGAGCCAAUUCCAAACAACAAGGUGACUGCUAUGGCUGUCUCAAAGAAUGGUGUGAUGCCUUCUUAUAAAAGAUUUGGUCAUUGUUUUCUACUUUUUAAAGUCCAAACAGUACAUUACCUCUUCAUUGACCGUGAUUUAAUUUAGUUUUAUUAUAUAUGCAAACUGACAUUGAACAACACUGAGCUGUGGUUUGUCAGCUUGUUUUUAAAUUACGCCAAAAGCUGUCUUUCUCCAAUCCUGUCAUUUGACCUGUUUACAUUAAAAAAAUCUUUAAGUUGCCCAAAACACUUUGUCAGUCAGUUAGGUGUUUGCAACAAACCUAUACUUCUAUUGUUGGCUGCAAACAUUUUGACUUGUAAUAGUAGUGUAAGCAUAGCCCCAGUUUAUGUAGUUUUAACAUUAAGUGGUUUUCCAGCCACACUGUCAGUCAUGUGUCCAAAUGCUACUCAGCCUUUCUGAACGUUAUUAAACAAGUCAAAAUCUCUUCUGUCAAAACCAUACAGAUAGUUAGUAAUACAAGCUGUAAAUCUGUGUUCAAGGUAGAAUUUUACAAUUUUUCAUUGUUCACUGUUGAUCUAAGAUUUUGGCCUUUUUAUCUCAACAUUGUAUGCUCUAUGUUUAAACAUUUUACCUUUUGAUGCAUUUGAGUUAAAAGCACAUUUCUCCUCCUGUGAUAUGAUUAUUCAUCCAGUCUAGAACCCACUCUAAUUGUACUCACGUUCAACUCUGGGUGUUUGCCAUGUUGGCCUGUUUAAAGCCAUUGUAAGUUGUCAUUUUUUAAAUGGCACAUCAUAUCAGUUGAUUAUGUUCUUCGUGUCCAUCAACACUGUUUAGUUUUUACAGGAGGUGAAUAUUGUGCUGCAAAGGAUGUAAUUUGGGGCACUGGUCAUUGCAAAAAUGUUCUUUUAAAGUAAAGCAAACCUAUGGUGGUCUGAUUAAAGGUCUUGACUCUGAACAAAGACAUGUAUGUAAAUAAAGAUACUGAUGUAACAAAGCUCAAACCCCGAAUUAAUGUGUCAGUCUGUUGCACUAAAGCUGACUGUAGCAGUAAAACAUUUUAGCAGAACUGUGCAGUGGUUAGAUACUAACUUAGUUUUGUUAAUCUGCAAUCAAAACAGGAAUAAACCUAUGUGAUUCGUUACUCAACUGGGAAAUGAGGCAUUUCAAGGUAAAAGUAAAUAAAUGCCAGUGGCUUUAAACGAAGACACAAUUGUGUAUCGCAGGCGGACCUUCAUAGCAGAGCUUGAUUUAAUCUGUGAAUAUUUACAAACAUGGAUGCCUUAACACAUUUUAUCCAUUCACAUGAACUUAAAUUUGUAGUAGUGCAUGUUGAGGUAUCAUGCAGCCUUCUGCUAAUGCUGAUUAGUGUUUGUAUCUGUCAGUCACCAGCUAUAUGAACAUGUAAUCGAUGUGUAGCACCUGGAUCAUGUGUUUCCAUUUGACUGUGAAAACUUUACUUUUUAUAUUGCUGUCGUUAUUAAAAAAAGGGCAACACACAGA